UUGACCGUCGCCAGUCGGCGGUUGCUUGUGCACGUUAGUGGUUCAGUUUUGCGAACUCGGUGCGUACUUCGCGUUGUCGGAAUUGUCGGUGAUCAUCACUGGUUAUAUGUAUACACCGGGAACCUGCACAUCAUUUAAUGUGGUUCGUUCAAAUACGCCGGUUUAUGGUGAAAUUGAGCUGCAGGAGAAAGCGAACAGACCUAUCAACACGCAACGGUAUCAAAAUCACCAUGCUCGAUGCACUCAAGUUCUUUCUGUUUGUCAUAUUACUGCUGGUGACGAUCAUGCUCAAUCAACACGUCACGUCCAAACGUUCCGCCGAGAUCGAUCUCGAGCUGCUGUGGCAGAUACAGGAUACGAAGUCAUUGUACGUCGUACCGAAUCAAACGCUGCCGUCCGGCGUGUAUACGGCGCUGGAGCAGAGCAUGGUGAUCGGUUCACUGUUGGAGGAGUACAACGAUGUCAACACUAGCUGGGUAGGGGAGGAGGAUUGGAUCUACCGGACAAACCUAUCGUGUCUCGCAGAAGAUUAUCGGUACGUUUUGCUAACGUUUCACGGCGUGGACACAUUCGCCAGUGUGUACCUAGGUGACAGACUUCUCGGCACUACCGAGAACAUGUUCGUCCGGUACCGGUACAACGUGAAGGAUCUGUGUGACGGAGAAAUGAAGGAACUGCGGCUUCAGUUCCGGUCGCCGGUCGUUGAAGCGCGUGAACGUGCCAAGGACCGUGCACUGCCGAUUCUACCGAACUGUCCACCGAGCAUGUACCAUGGCCAGUGUCACGUGAAUCUCAUCCGCAAGAUGCAAGCCAGCUUCGCCUGGGACUGGGGUCUGGCGGCACCAUCGAUGGGCAUUUGGAAGCCGGUCCGGUUGGAGUACUACAGCUCGGCACUGAUCCGCGACCUAACGGUGAACAUCAGCGAACAGCAGAAUACGAAUUGGACGGUGGAAGUAGGUGUGCAUAUCGAGACGGGACUCAGCAGCGCGCAACUCAACGGUCUGCUAACGUUCAAGAUCAUUGGUGUACCGCUGGCAGAUGAAGGUGAGGAAACGUUGGCGGUUAUACAGCAAACCGACGAAAAUGGAGAGCUGCUGGUACUGCAUCAGUUAACCGUGCGCAAGGAUUCGGUGGAACGUUGGUGGCCGAACGGGUUCGGCAAACAGGCCCUGUACAGCCUGUACGUGCGCUGGGAGGAUAAGGCCGUAAACGGUGUGAAGCUGCACAACCCGGACACAAUGAUCUCGGAAAAGGUGAUCCGUAUCGGGUUCCGGACGGUGGAACUAAUGCAGGAUAUAAAAUCCGAUGGAUUGAUGUUCUACUUCAAGGUUAACAAUGUGCCGAUCUUUGCCAAGGGUUCGAACUGGAUUCCCUCCUCGGUGCUGCCGGAGCGUUCGUACGACGUCAACUAUGUGAAGUUCCUGCUGUAUGCCGCUCGGGACGCACACAUGAAUAUGCUGCGCGUAUGGGGCGGUGGAUUGUACGAGAGUGACCACUUCUACCGGAUGGCGGACGAGCUUGGUAUACUCAUCUGGCACGAUCUGAUGUUCGCCUGUUCGAUGUACCCGACCGAUGCAGACUUCCUGCGCACGGUCAAAGACGAGGUGCGGCAGAACGUGCGCCGCAUCCAACACCAUCCGAGCGUUGCCGUGUGGGCAACGAACAACGAGAACGAGGUCGCGCUGCGGCAAAACUGGUACAAAACGAAACACAACUACUCCGCCUACCUAGACCAGUACGUCGAGCUGUACGUGCGUACGAUUUUGCCGACCGUAGAGCAGAACGAUCGAUGGCGCACGGUGCUUCUAUCUUCGCCGUCCAACGGUAAAGAGUCGAUGAAGGAACCCUACAUUGCCGAAAACCCACAGGACCCACUAUAUGGCGAUGUGCAUUACUACAACUACUUUCUGGAUGGCUGGAAUGCGGCACAGUAUCGAGGCGGACGAUUCGUAUCGGAGUACGGCUUUCAAUCGUUUCCCGCCUUCACCAGCUGGCCGGAGGCGCGUAGUUACGGCCAUGCCGAGCUAUCGCAGCUGAUCAACCAUCGUCAGCAUAGCCCGGACGGUAACCUGCCGAUUCUCACGAUGAUCCAGUACAAUUUACCGCUGCCAGCCAAUACGUCCACCGGAGAGUACUGGCCGGAACUGAUCUAUCUCAGCCAGCUGUCCCAGGCGAUGAUCGUGAAGACGGAAACGGAGGUGUACCGUGCGCGUCGGCUCGAACACGGUACGAUGGGUGCGCUCUACUGGCAGCUGAACGACGUCUGGAUUGCUCCGUCCUGGUCGUCGAUCGAGUACGGCGGCACGUUCAAGCUGCUGCACGUAUGGCUCCGGGACAUCUUCGCACCGGAGCAUCUGAUCGCGUUCGUGAACGAGCGCCGCCUGCUGGAGGUGGUCGCCGUCCGUGAUACACUAGCGCCCGCCGACGAGCUGUGGGAUGUGGAGAUGCGCAUCCAUCGGUACGGCAGCUUCCGGGCAGUCGAUCGCCAUUACGAGCGUGUCCGUGUGCCGGCAAACUCGGUCGCGCUCGUUGCCCGGUGGGACGUGUACGGCCAUCUUGCCAAACGCGGUCUACAUCCCGCCGACCACCUCGUGCUGCUGUACGCGUACCGUAACGUAACGCAACAGCCGGGCAGCCACCGGCAGCACCAGGGACCGCAACCGAUCGCGGAAAACUUUGCCCUGCUCGAUAAGCUGAAGAACAUGCGCAAGGAACAGCGCGUGCGACCGACGAUCGCGGUGACGGUCGUGUCGUCCGUGUGCAACGCAGCAAACAAUCGGACGAGCGUUAGUCUGGAGGUGUCGGUCAGUGUGCCGGCACUGUUCGUCUACCUGCAGCUAACGCCGGAAAACAGCACGCUCAAGCAGUGUCAGUUUUCGCACAAUGGUUUCUUACAGUUUCAGCCAAUACGCACGGUGCAGUUGACGUGUGUCGAUCCGGGCUGCCGCAAUAAGAUCCAGACGCGGGACAUAACAGUCCGAACGGUUAACGAGCUGUUGGUGCGCUGAAAUGCUUACCGUCAUAUUGGCGAGUCGGUGGUUUUUAGUUUUUCAUUUCCUAUACCUACUGCUGUACACUACAACACGACACGGCAGCGGAGAGUACGAUUCAUAUACACGUGGCCUAUUUAAAAAAAGAAACGAAUUAUUAUAUUUGUAUUUCUAUAUAUUAGCUACAUCUAGACCAACAAAGUUUAUAGUUAAUUAUGCGUGUUCGUUUCCGUUAAUUUACAACUUCUUUUGCAUUGCACGCGUCUAUCAUCCCCUUUUCCACUCCGUUGCUGUACCUUCGUACACAGGCAAAAGUUUACCACCAUCCCGAUUGCAUUUCGAUUGAACCGUGCUUGCUCUUGUUGCAGGAGUGUGUGUUUUCACUCUGUCCGAAUUUUCUCUGGAGAUAUGCUCCUUUUCAAUCCCUUAAGACAUCCCGCGGGGGCAUUCAUAUUAAAAGUAACAAAAAAAUAUAAAUAUACAUAUAAAUAUGUGCCCCCUUUCCUCCCUCCCUCCUUCCCACCGCCCUUUUAUAUGUCAUGCCAAUAUGUGUUUGCAACACACGGCUGGUGUAAGAAGCACUAGGUACUUUCGCAUCUACACGUACAUGGUAAUGGUAUCUACUAACAUAAGCAACAUCGCAGGUGUGUGCAAACGUGGAAUAAGAACAUACAACGAAACGAAAUAAAUGUAACAAUCG